AUGGAGAAGUACAGUGCCUUCCGUGAUCGAGGUGAGUCGUGCCAUGUCACAAUCUAUCGACACGUGCUGAUCAUGUGGCANGGCUCGGGCAUUGCGCCCUUCUUUCCCAUUCCCACUCAGCCCGCGGGCUAUGCCCUUCCAUUUCACGCCUUUCUCUUCAUCGUGCGCAUCUUCUUCCUGAUCCCUGUCGCCGUGGCCUACUUCUUGCUCCUUGCAUGGCUUCCUAUCGGUUCUCUCGGCAAGAAGGCUGUACUCUGGUGUAUGCUGGGUGUUCCUGGCAUCUGGUGGAUAGAUCUGGGUGUUGACGGCGUGAAGAAGNNGGGUAGGUUUCUUUUGGCUGACUUUUCUUCAACUCGUCUGCUAACACAUUUCAGCUCCCUUGGCCAGAACCAAAACAAGCUUCCUCAGCCUGGCUCUGUCAUUGCUUCAUCUUACACGUCUCCGAUUGACGCUCUCUACCUGGCUGCCAUCUUCGACCCUGUCUUUACUCGCUCUUUUCCUGGAGAGCGCAACGUUCAGCGCAUCACUCUGCUCCAGGCUAUGUUGCAGGCUCUGACUCCACCUGUUCUGUCACCGCCCAAGGACGCCAAAUUGGUGCCCAUCUCUGAUAUUCUACGCGACACCCCGGACCGCUGUGUUGCUGUCUUCCCAGAGUGCACUGCUACCAACGGCCGUGGCAUCCUACCUUUCUGCCCUAGUCUUCUCACCGUGCCCAUCAAGACCAAGAUUUUCCCUGUCAGUCUGCGCUACACUCCUGCAGAUGUCACCACCCCUGUACCUGGCUCUUAUCUCUCUUUCCUUUGGAACCUGUGCUCCAAGCCAACUCACUGCAUACGUGUUCGUAUCGCCGAGGCCACCUUCAACGAGCCGUCAGCUCCUGAGCCACCACGCAAGAACUCCUUCCAGACCAACCUUCUCGACGACUUACAUUCGCGUACCAACCAGAACGGGGGCAUGACCAACCCGGAGAAGGAGUCUCUGGACAAGAUUGCCGAGUCGCUCGCUCGUCUGGGACGUGUCAAGCGUCUAGGUCUGGUCCCAGCAGAUAAGAUCGCCUUCAUCAAGGUCUGGAGCAAGAGGAGAUCAUGA